UGAAGGAGGGCGAGGCGGCCCCCACCCCGGGUCAGUCAGUCUCUCCUCGCAUAGCGACUGCGCAGCGCGAAGCGGAGCCCGAGCCAUGGCUGCGAUUCGGAAGAAGCUGGUGAUCGUGGGGGAUGGUGCCUGUGGGAAAACCUGCCUCCUCAUCGUCUUCAGCAAGGACCAGUUCCCCGAGGUCUACGUCCCCACCGUCUUUGAGAACUACAUUGCUGACAUCGAAGUGGAUGGCAAGCAGGUGGAGCUGGCCUUAUGGGACACAGCCGGGCAGGAAGACUAUGACCGACUCCGGCCGCUCUCUUACCCCGACACUGAUGUCAUCCUCAUGUGCUUCUCCAUUGACAGCCCAGACAGCCUUGAGAACAUCCCCGAGAAGUGGACGCCAGAAGUCAAGCACUUCUGCCCCAACGUGCCCAUCAUCCUGGUGGGCAACAAGAAGGACCUGAGGCAGGACGAGCACACGCGCAGGGAGCUGGCCAAGAUGAAGCAGGAGCCCGUGAGGUCAGAGGAGGGCCGGGACAUGGCCAAUCGGAUCAGCGCCUUUGGCUACCUGGAGUGCUCUGCCAAGACCAAGGAGGGGGUGCGAGAAGUGUUUGAGAUGGCCACACGCGCCGGCCUGCAGGUCCGAAAGAACAAGCGGCGCCGGGGCUGCCCUCUGCUCUGACAGCCGGACUCCGUGUGGCUAGUUCUUGGACCCUUCCUGCCCGAGGCUGCGUGUUCUGAUCGUGCCCCCCUGCUCUGGAUCCUCUGGGGGGCCCCUCCUGGGCGCUAGAGCUUAGAUGGCCCCCCCUCCCCUGUGCCAGGACACGGGGAGGCUUCUGCACACGGAGCAGGGGAGGGGGGAGGGGAGGGGCGGGGGGCUUCUCCCACCCAGGGCUCACCCACCAGCAUUUUUUAUGUAACUAGCUCUGGGGCCUCCCAGGAAGGGGGGCUUCUCCCCCUCCCCACUUCAGGCCCAGCUGAGGGUUAUUUCUCAUUGAUGAAGACACAAUAAAAGUCUGUGGGGACUCUCCCA